UCGUGGCGAGUGCUAAACUCAUCGGACAUCGAUUCAACGACCGUACUUUUGAAAUUUUAGCGAAGCGGAUCACACCGAGAGAAUGACAUCGAGCAAGCUGCUGCUUUUCGUCAUUCUCGUGCCACUCACUAUGGAUAAGUAUCAUUAUUAUGCAUUCGAAACCAACACGACAUCGGACAUCGCAAUACCGUCGUCAUCAGAAUCGUUGGAGUCGACGUUGACGAUCGGUAACAGGAUGCCGCGAGCUACGCUGAACGAUGUUGUCUCAAAAAAUAUCACAAUGGUUCUUGAAAAUCUAUUAAUGAAUUAUGAAAACAGUCAGUUGCCCACGCAUGGUAAAGGCGUGCCUACAGUGGUCAAAACCAAUAUUCUAAUUAGAAGUAUGGGUCCAGUAUCUGAGCUUGAUAUGGAUUAUUCGAUGGACUGCUAUUUUCGGCAAUCGUGGCGUGACUCACGUCUAAGCUUCCUGGGCCCGAUCAAGUCCCUCAGCCUCAGCAUCAAAAUGCUCGAAAGGAUUUGGCGUCCCGAUACAUAUUUCUACAAUGGCAAGCAUAGUUACGUGCACACGAUCACUGUGCCGAACAAAUUGCUAAGGAUCUCCCAGGACGGCGAUAUAUUGUACUCCAUGAGGCUCACUAUUAAGGCUAAAUGUCCCAUGGAACUAAGGAAUUUCCCUAUGGAUCGACAGUUUUGCCCAUUAAUAAUGGGAAGCUAUGCGUAUACAUCGGGACAGCUGGUCUACGAAUGGCAGGAAGGUUUGUCGGUGAAUUUCAUUCCCGGAAUGGCACUGUCACAAUUCGAUUUAAUGGGUUCGCCGUACAGGAAUCUCACAUUUUUUCGUCGCGAGGGCGAGUUCUCGGUACUGCAAGUAUCUUUUAACUUGCAACGCCACACCGGAUACUUUCUCAUACAAGUUUAUGUGCCGUGCGUUUUAAUAGUCGUGCUGAGUUGGGUAUCCUUUUGGAUCCAUCGUGAAGCGACGAGCGAUCGAGUGGGUUUAGGUAUCACCACCGUCUUGACGUUAUCGACGAUAAGCCUCGAUUCCAGAACGGAUUUGCCGAAAGUCAGAUACGCUACCGCUCUGGAUUGGUUUCUACUGAUGAGUUUCGGUUACUGCAUCGCCACUCUCUUGGAGUUCGCCGGCGUUCAUUACUUCACGAAGGUUGGUAGCGGUGAGAUUCCAUUGGACGAUGAUGAAUGGGAAGAAUGGAAAGGGAUCACUAACGAGGAAUUCGAGGAUACAUUUCAUUCGAUGAUUUCUUGCAGCCCUCAGGCAGUUCAUCCAGAAAUUAUCGAUACGAGUACUAGAAAGCGUGGUUCUCUCAUAUCCGCACUAUACAAUGUUAGUUCGAGAUUUCAAUAAAGAUUACUGCAAUUUAUAAGGCCAC